GCAGCACAGAACGAUUGUAUUCGAUACUCAUCAAAUGAGGAAACCUGCAAAUAAUCCUGUGUGGGAUGGGUACCUCUCAUACUUUGAAUAGAUUUCCGCAACGGAACAGUCCCGGAAUAUUGAUCUGUAUUCAAUGGAGAACUUGCCAUCGUGAUGGAUAAAUACAAACCUGGCAGGCUCUCUUGCCGCACUUACAUGAGCCGCACACCAUCUAAUGGCUCGGUGCGCGGGGAUCGGUGAGUCAGCCUCAUUGUGAUCCUAGUGAUUGUAAUGGUGGGAGCAGGGCUCCUGGAAUGGAAGGUGUUGAGACACCUAAUACUCAUGCCAUCCAUCAGUCUCGAGGCUUCUUCGUCUCUUAAUUCUCAUUCACCUUUUCCAAUAGCCACAUUAUUUUGACUUCACACAUUCUCUGUCGUGGAGUAAUCUUUUUUCCAUCGCGAAUCAAUUGGGACGCAGUCUUACCAACUCCAGCCAAGAGUUAUUGGAUCAAUGCAGCGCAAGAUCUUUUUGCUGCUGUUUCUAGCCUCGCGGGCCGGUGCAGAUGGUACAGAUGUCACGAACAAUCUGUUUUCGGACCUAGGGCCGCUUCUGGCCUUGUUUGGUGAAACUUUUGCCCAACAAUUCCUGAGAGAAUCUUUCACAUGGCUUGACCACAUAAUCUUCGCCAUGGCUCCAUUGGGCAUCAUUACUGCUAUUAUAGGCGCCAUUCGCGUUGGCGGUCCACCCCAGCUGAAAGCUUUGAUCGGUCGUGCACGAGAGAAUCGAGCCUCUGCAGAGCUUGAUUUCAUGUCCUCAACUUCACAUGAGGUAUCCGAGUUAUGGAAUGGACACACUGUAGUCCGGACCAUGGGAAAAGGUGAAGUUAAACAAAUACUCUUUCUGAAGGGACGUGGUCCUACGGAGAAAUUUGGUCUCUUCACUUUGUCUGACCCUGAAAUAUUAAGACAUAUGACAAAAAAAGCAUAUAGUGAUCCACUCAUCGAUAUACUAAAGGAACUAUGGCGAAAAACGACAAAGGAGCUGUGGAAAAAAACAAGUGCACUCAUCGAUAUACUAAAGGAACUACGGCAAAAAAAGACACAGACGCCGUGGAAAAGAACAAGUGUAUCAAAAAGCCCUAACAACGACUCACACAACAACAUGUCUGGAGGAACAAAUUCCAAAGAGGGUCAUUUUGAAAAUGACGGUUCGGAUCGAGCUCCGAAUAUUUCUUUAAAUAUACAUCCUAAGCAAAACAGAGGAGAAUUGUUUGUAGCUGCCGUUCUAGGUAUAAUUCUUCAGGCGGGAGUCAUCAUUUUUUCUGCCUUUGUUGCCUACGACAAUCGAUUCGGAGCUGCGGUAGGCGGGCGCCCAAGCGCUUAUGCGUUCCCGACUUUGGCUAGUGGGACAGCUGUGCUGGUUAUCGGAAUGGGUAUUUGCGCCUCAGUCAUUGGAGAGAGCACCGAUGAGUGUGUUUGGGAAUUGAAGGCAGAUAGCAAUGCUACAACGCAGCAGGUUGAAGGGAAUCGUCAAUCAAUAUUCCAAGAAUCCAGUGAAGACGUAGAAACAGGAGGUGCAAAUAAUUCUCAUAAUUACCAUAAGCAUUUAUGGAGAAGAGUUCUUGGAGGAUUCUUCAAAAUUCUAAUGAAAGACGGCGAAAGAAACACUAAAUCUUCGUUUGAAGCACAUAAGCCCAAUGCAAAGAAGGGUGAUUCACAGUCCCGAAAAUUUCUUGUUUUCUGGCUUCAACAGCGCUUUGUUGUCAGCGACCAGACCUUCGAUUCAUAUAUGCUUAUGGCAAGAAUGGAAAAGGAACUAAUCAUGACCUCUUGUCGCAGCAAACAGUCUUUGGGUACCGAAUCUUCACAUCCUAUCAUCGAAGAUAGUUCCAACAAAACAGGGGCUUCUCAAACGCCCAGCCUCCAAAUUCAGCCUUCAAAUACUGUAUCCAAUAGAAGUGCUAGAUCUUCCCACUCUCGUUCGAUGACGUCCAAGACUCAAAACCCUCCUAUACCGUUAAAGCAGAUCCCACCAUAUGAGUCAACUUCCAAGUGGAUCAACACGCUCUGCAUCAUAGGGACAUCUACAGGAGUCAUUGGAUUUAUAUUGCAAUUUGAAGGCUUUCGCGGUAUCAGCUGGGCAUGUUCAAUUGCACAGCUUGUUGCCAUUUCGAUAAUGACUGUUGUUCGAGCCAUUAUUCGUCGGGGCAUGCUGGAUAGACCUAUCGACCAGGAGAUUCCGGAGAAAUAUGAAAUUGACUGGCUUGCACUUAGGAUUGGCAAUGAUGACAAUUACUUGAGCAAUCUUAGCAGAUCUAAAGUUCAACCCCCAGAUAUUUCUCCUUAUCAUCCUUCAUGGAAGGUUUGCAGUCGAAUAAAUCCAACCGUUCAAGUGGCUUUCGAGUUGAUGCCCAUCACCAAUGAGUCGAUAGUUCAGGAAAUUGUUAAAAUACAGAAACAAAUUCGCGAGUUGACUGUUGGACCAGAAACACGCCCAAGUGAAUUGCCAACACUUCGACUUAACAACAUAUACGCCGGUAGCCGAGAAAUUCCUGUCCAGGUAGAACCAAAUACUUCUGACUCGACAAUAUCUAAAUCCCACGAAUAUAUCCAAGGGUCCAGAGCAGCGACUGAAGCUCUCAUAAAAGAAUGUCUCCGAAUGCUCACCACUUGGGAGGAGCUCACUGCUUCUUGGGACCCUGCUAAGAAUAAGCCGAUGAUGCAGAAAUCCGUACGCAUUCGGAAACGUCUACAGGAGCUCACUGACUGGUGGGAAUCUAAUGAAAACGAUCUCAGGGUUCAGAAGGUUCUCAAUGUACGAAACCGUCUUCGAGAGCUCACUGGCUGGUCCGACCCUGUGAUAAAAUCUAACGCUGCCUCUGCGGCUUUAGCAAUCCAAACAAUCAUGAGUUUAUUCAAAGGAUGGCAGGGUUCUACUCUCCAUUGGCUCAUUGACGUAAAUAUUGCGAAAGGUGAAUACACCCAAAAAAUUAAACUUCACGCGACAAGAAAGAAAGAAAAAGAAAAAGAAAACGAAAACGAAUGGAGCGUCUCCGCCGAAGAUAUUGAGUCAGUUCUUUCGUUGUGGAUGUAUCAUCUGAGUAAUGAUCACCAGAGCGGUAACCGGGCUCAGAAUAGCACUGAGAAUAUUGCUCGUGACAUACACUCCUUUCAACGAGUCAUCGGACCCUUAGGAUCUACACUCAAACGAGAUAUGGCGUGGUGGGCCGGUAUUGAGAGUGCUGAAGCACUUGGUAAAUUUUCAUGGGAUGGUGUAAAUGACACACAAUGUCUCAGCAUGGGUUUUUGUCUGCCAGCAUAUUCCCCAAAAUCCUCAUACUAUGCCAUGUUCGCCAGUGUUACGAAGGAGAAAUUUCUCGCUCAACAUAUAUUUUCCACCUUUUUGUGGGCGAUUGCAAAUUUCUUGCCACUAUCUGAGGGGGGAAAUGCACACAAAACAGAAGUUGUGUUACCCGGGGAUGAUGAGCUUAGACUAUAUGAGAAGUACCCGAACUGGAAUUCGUUACGAUUAAGCAACAAAAAAAUCAAGCAAAUGACCAAAGCCGUCGAGACUUCUGGCCUCGGAACGUUGGAAGACGCCAAUUCACUGAUAAUACCCCCACUUAGCUAUUUUGAAAAACUCCCUAACGAAAGCAUGGUGGACGUAGUACAAAAAAUCGCCAAAGAUAAUGAACAGGGCGAUCGAGAAUUUGCUUGCAAUCUUUAUGGAAAAUUACUGAAAAUGUGCGACGAUCUACCACAAGAGGGGAAUUUUGUAUACAAAGUAGUCAGCACAGCCGUUGACUUCCUUGUGACUGUUACAUCUGCCUCAGAAACUAAGAAAUACAUGGAAACAUCUGAUGGAAGAUUGGAGAAGAGUAAAAGAACUUUGAUCGCUAUCUUGAAACCUAAACAUAAAACGUGUCUAGAUAUGCUGCAGUCACUUUAUACAAAGCAAGGUCGGCUCAAGAACUUUGGAAAGGCAGGAUUGUUAGAGAACUUUGGAAAGGCAGGAUUGUUAGACGAUAAAACCAAAGACAACGUCAAAGGAUCAGCAAGAAACGGACAGACAAUUUUGCACAGAGAAGUUAUCGAUAAGAAAAAAUUAUUUCUGGAUAAACAUAUGGAGCAAUUCCUCGAUACUGCUGAUAUACUUGGUUGGACACCUCUACACUACGCUGUGAUCUAUUCUUUGGAAGCAACGCAGAAAUUAGUAGAGAAGAGGAAAGAGCUAGUCAAUAAAUGUGACCUUGCCGGCCGUACUCCCCUGCACUACGCCGCUAUGAAACAAAGGGACAACUCAAAACAAGACCUUGCAGAAGAAGAUAUUAUCCAAAAACUCUUGGACGCCAACGCAAGACCAUUACAGGGGAGAGAUGGCCUAUUUCCAUUACAUUGGGCCGUGAAAACAGGAAAUAUCGAAGCCACAAAGUCAAUCCUGGAAUCGAAGCUCCACAAAAAGACGCUUAAUUUCAAAGAUUAUUCGGACAUGACUCCUUUACACUUUGCAGCCCUCGGUGGAAAUCCCGAAAUUGUAGAAAUGCUUCUCAAAAAAGUCGUCAACGCCCAGGAUCUCAAUGCGCAGAACGUGCUUGGACGGACUGCACUACAUGUCGCAGUGAAGGGCAUAAACACCGAUGGAUCUUCUAAUAGAGCCAAAAUCAUCGAAAUGCUUAUCGACAAAGAGGCAAUUGUUGCGAUCAAAGACAAGGACGACAAAAAAGCUUUGGACUUGGCUGUUGAGAUGGAGCAGAAAAUGAAGAGCCCUCCUCUGCCGCGACCAGAUCUCAGUGAAGAGCCCAGUCACCUUGUAGAUAUUUCAGGCGGAACCCUAGAAAGUGAAAACCCGGACAAUCCAGACAAUUCAAACAGCAAAGUUGGUGUCGAUGAGAAAGCUAAGAAGUCGAAAAAAGCUGGGAAGGCGGAAAUACCUUCAAAAGAAGGACAGCUAGCUUCGGUAAUUAAAUCACUAUUGAAACAAGAAGAUUUAACUGUUAACGGCGGGAAACUAUUGCUUUGGGCUGUUGACAACAACUUCAAGACACCUUUCGAAUUUCUCAUUGACUGGAAGGAAAUCGCAGUUGACAUGAGCCAGCUGUACACCAAGAAUGGUCGAUCAAUCCUUCACUUAGCAGUGGAUGCUGAGUCCGACAUGAUGGUAGCUAGUAUAUUGAAGCGGUGGAAACCUAGCAAUAGUUCCUCUCCUUUGAAGUCAUCAUCGUAUAUCGAUCUAGCCGAUGAUCAUGGCCUCACUGCGCUCAUGCUGGCAGUAUCUCGAGGAUACGAGCCUGGAGUCAAAAUGCUUCUUGCAGCUGGCGUUGACAAAGAUCUGAGAGACAAGAAUGGACGCACAGCUCUUUCUUGGGGAGCAGAGCGCGGCAAGCUAGACAUCUUAACUCAACUCAUAAACAGCGGCGUCACUCUAAAAAAUGAGCCUGUGACAAAAGACUCACCCAUGUUUCUUGCUGUCGAGAAUGGCAAACACGAGGCAAUAGAAUUAUUUCUUGCCAACGGUGCGGACUCCAAUGAAGUUGACCCUGACGGAGAUAGUGUUCUCUCCUAUGCAGUGACAUGUGGAAAUACAGAAUGUGUCAAGGUUUUAAUUGACCAUGGUGCUGACCUUGAGAAGAGAAAUAGCAGAUACGAGGAGACAGCACUCUCUGUCGCUGCCUGGAAGGGCAACCUCGACAUAGUCAAACUUCUUUUGACUUUCGGUGCUAGAUUGGAGGCCCAAGACACGGAUGGCUGGACUCCACUUAUCUGGGCAUUGAACUUCAAGCAUCCGAAGGUCGUGAUGUUUCUACUCGGUGAAGAAGUUAAGAGCGCCUCGAAUAAAGAUCAAUAUAUGGAGCAGCUCAAUCCUGCAAUGUCUUUGGCGUACAACACUGGUGAUGGGGAUCUCAUGAAUCUAUUGUUAGAUCUAGGUGUGGAUCCUAAUGUACAAGAAGCCGUCAGUGGAUCGACAGCUUUAAUAGAAGCAAGUAGGAGGGGUUUUUUACGGACUGUAAAGCUGCUGUUAAGGAAUGGAGUGGACAUAAAUGCGAUGGAUAAUACCGGGGAGACGCCAAUUUCAUUGGCGAUUCGCUAUGAAUUUAAUGAAAUCACGAAAUGCCUUUUAGACGCAGAAGCAAAUAUCGAAAUGACAAAUGGAGCAAAAGAAACGCCACUUCUGUCAGCAGUUCGUUACGACAAUGAAAUCAUCACCGGAUUGCUCUUGGAUAGGGAGGCGAAUACAAAUAUCGCAUCCAACACAGGUGAGACACCACUGUUAUGGGCUACUCGCAAUGGAAAUGAAAUUAUCACAAAGUUACUUUUAGAGAAGGAAGCGCUUGUCAAUACUGCAAACAACUCAAAUGAGACACCCUUAUCACUAGCGGUUCUCAACAGGAAUAUGGAUAGCAUCAAAUUACUUUUGAGUAAAGGAGCCGAUAUAGAACAGGAAUGGGGCAAUUAUCAACGAACGUGCUUAUUGCAAGCGAUUUAUGCAGAAGACGAGAAACUCGUACUGUUGUUAUUAGAGUCAGGUGCAAAACCUGAAAGAGGACAGAAGCAUACUAGAAAUGCACUACAAGAAGCCAUUCGGUGGAGAGCCGAGAACAUUGUAGAUCGUCUUUUAUCUUUCGGCGCUGGUGCGGAAUCGAAAGACAUGCAAGGAAGAACUGCAUUUCAGUUCGCAGCACAAAUCGGCACUGUAUCCAUACUUAAAAAGCUAUUCAGAGAAAGCUCCGAAGGAUUGAAUCUGCUCGGAUCAACUUUCCGUGAUCUACAGGAUCGGGACCUCAUGCACCAUGCUUCUGUCAGCGGCUCGAUGGAUAUGAUAUUUUACCUAAUAGAUCGCUUCCCUCCCAAUAAACACGACUAUCACCGGAAAGACGUCGAUGGUUGGACUCCCCUUCACUGGGCUGCGCAGGCUGGCAACUUGGAAGUUGUACAAAUGCUUCUUGAAGUAGACGCUCACUCGGAUGCCAAAGUACUCGAAUCGACCAAAAAAUGGACUCCACGGCAAAUCGCAAGCUAUAACGGGCACAGCAAAAUUGUGAAGUUCCUCAAGUCAUCAUCUAUUCCCGACGAAGUUCUGCCCUCAGCAGGUAUGUCACACGGGGCACGCUGCGAUGGGUGCAAUUGUAAGAUUGGUGGCAUCCGUUUCCAUUGUCAAAAUUGCGAAGACUUUGAUUUUUGCGAAAAAUGCAAGGUCACAAGUGAUGCGACACACCCAAACCACGAGUUUGAUAAGAUCGGCCCAAAACGAGAAACUGAACCGGAACAGGAGGUUAGCCGACAGCAGGAGAUUGGUUUAGAGCAAGACGACUCUUCCAGUGAGAACCAGUCCGUAUAUGAGGAUUCUGUCAAAGAUGAUGUUGCCACUUAA